AUGGGGCUCAUUCGCUGGUUGCGGAGGCUGUACUCCCUGGAUACCCUCGACACUCGUUUUACAGUCUCCUCGACAACGCCUAUAAAGGCCAUUACCCCGUCUUCACAUGAUGCAGCCCCUGGAUCAAGUUCUAGCGAUAGAGAUGGGAGAAGAUCUGAAUCAGUGAAAGCCGGAGCGCCUCCUUCGAGAUGGAAUACGGUCGAAUUUUACUUCUAUUAUCUAGCUUUCCUCACCAUAGUACCAUUGAUGUUCAAGGCGGUCAUCGACAUUUCGCAACCCACUCACCCUACCUACUCGAGCUAUUCUAAGUUGUUGGAACCAGGUUGGAUACCGGGUCGUAAAGUAGAUAAUUCAGAUUCACAAUACUCCACCUUCCGCGAAAACAUUCCUUAUAUGACCAUACUUUUGGUCCUCCAUCCUAGCCUUCGUCGAGCCUACGAACACUUCUUCCCAGCCAAAGUAUCGACUACCCCACCGACGGGCGGAAAAGUAAAGGAUGAUGAUAAACCUGAGGGUUUAGCAGCGAAUGCGGAAGCUCGGUUAAGACAGCGGAUGUCAUUUGACUAUGUUUUUGGGAUAAUCCUCAUCCUGGCACUGCACGGUGUAUCCGCGUUUAAAAUCCUGGGCAUUCUUUGGGUCAAUUAUAUGAUUGCAAUCAGACUCCCGCGAGCCCAGAUACCUGCUGCAACGUGGAUUUUCAACAUCUGCAUCCUAUUUUCAAACGAGUUACUCCAUGGAUAUCCUCUUACUGAUCUUGCACAAGUUCUUUCCCCAAAUAGCGAUUCUCCCUUUAUCACUUGGGCCAAGUGGGUGGAUGGUAUUGGAGGAAUAAUACCAAGAUGGGAGGUUUUAUUCAAGAUCACUGUCCUCCGACUGAUAAGCUUUAAUAUGGAUUAUUAUUGGAGCCUUGAUUACCGAUCCGGAAGCCCUGUAGAGAGCAUGAUGUCUGACUCUCCCAAGAAACAAACCGAUCCUUCUGCAUUAUCAGAGCGUGACCGUGUUUCAAUGCCUGCACCUCCAGCCACAUAUAACCUACAGAAUUACAUGGCCUACGUUCUUUAUUCGCCUCUCUACCUUGCCGGACCAAUCCUUACCUUUAACGACUACAUCAAUCAGCAGCACUAUUCCCCUGCUUCUCUCACCCGAUCUCGCACCAUUCUUUACGGGAUACGCUUUCUGCUUACCCAACUGUCAAUGGAGCUGGUCCUUCAUUACAUCUAUGUUGUUGCGAUCUCCAAAUCCUCGCCUGACUGGUCGGCGUAUACACCUUUCCAGCUCAGCAUGCUAGGUUACUUCAAUCUGCACAUCAUCUGGCUAAAACUGCUCAUACCCUGGCGGUUCUUCCGCCUGUGGGCAUUAGUCGACGGUAUCGAUCCUCCCGAAAACAUGGUCCGGUGCAUGUCCAACAAUUACUCUGCCCUCGCGUUCUGGCGAGGCUGGCACCGGUCGUUCAACAGGUGGGUUGUUCGGUACAUGUAUAUUCCUCUCGGUGGAGGUGGACGAGCCAGAUCCGCCACGAGCAGUCCUAGUGAUAGUAGUAAACCGUCUCUACUCUCUAAAGCCCGAGGGGUGAUGAACUUCCUCGCAGUAUUUACCUUUGUUGCGAUCUGGCAUGACAUCAACCUCCGGCUGCUGAUGUGGGGCUGGCUUAUCACGCUCUUCGUCCUGCCAGAAGUCAUUUGCACCAUGCUCUUCCCUGCAAAAAAAUGGCAAUCACAUCCAAACGCGUACCGGGUACUCUGUGGUGUUGGAGCGGUGGGAAACAUCCUCCCGAUGAUGGCGGCCAAUCUUGUCGGGUUUGCCGUUGGUCUAGACGGGCUGCAGGGUCUGAUACACGGUAUCGUUGGCUCUUAUUCCGGCCUCGCAUUCCUUGCUGCAGCAUGUGCAACGCUAUUCGUUGGAGUCCAGGUUAUGUUUGAAAUCCGGGGCUCGGAGCUGCGGGCUGGCAUCAAACUGAAGUGCUAA